AAACGGGCGUGCGAUGCUUGCCAUCGCCGAAAAGUCAGAUGCAUAGGCGACGGAAGUCGCCCGUGCAAGAAUUGUUCGUCGGCAGGGCUGACCUGUACUUAUAACGCCAUUCCACAAAAGAAAGGACCGAAAGGAAGUCGAGCUAAGGUCAUUUCUGAGCUUCGUGAGACUCAGCGACAGUCACAGAUGAUCGUGAAGCACUUUCCGGGAGCUUCAAGUCCGCCGACCUCUCCUAUAUACCCCAGCAAUUCUCGAUUACUCUCCGCUCCCAUGAUCACGAGAUGCGUAGAUUACUUCUUUGCAAAUCUUUAUCCGACUCAACCGAUAUUACAUCGCCAGAAAGUCGGAGAGACCAUUGGUCAAAUGGAAACGAACGUCGAAGCAUACUGUCUGACCUACUCAUUAUGUGCCUACAUGAUGAUUCAGCCAAAUAUGGAGCUUCCUGCAGAAGUCUUCGAAAAUACACCUCUACAGCCUCAGCCUAGCUUACAACUAGGACAGACACUGCUCCGAGAAGCCAUCCGUGCACGGAAAGCGGUGAAUUACAACGAGGAGCCCACUAUCUGGUCGGUCGUCACAUCGUUCUUCUUGUUCGGCUGUUACUUUUGCUUAGAUCGGCAAAAUACCGCUUGGUUUCACCUUCGUGAGGCGACAACCCUCGCACAGAUCAUGGGCAUGCACGAGGAGAGCAACUACCAGAUGCCCGACAUCAUCGAGAGCUCGCGGCGGCGGCGGCUUUAUUGGCUUCUUUUCCUCACCGAGCGAGCGUAUGCAUUGCAGCAGCACAAGCCGCUGACACUACACGCAACCAUCAAUAUGCCUACUUGCGAUGAGGACCCAAGUGAGACGACUGAGCUAAGCGGCUUCGUGCAUUUGGUCAAUCUCUUUAGACCUUUCGACGACACCUUUGUGGGCUUGUGGAACAAGUCGCGCGUUGGCUGUUCCACCACAUGGCUCGCACAGCUCCAGCAACAGCUUUCUGCUGCCCUUCCUGAUUAUCUCAACUGCACUGAAAGUCAAGCCGUUGACCUCCGCUGCUCUCAGCAGUGGCUGCGCACUAUGGUGUGGCAACUCUCGAUCAGCCAUGGCUUCCUCUCUUCUUCAGCUGCAGCAGACAGCUCUAUGAACUUUCGCUUCCCCAUAGAGAUAUCUAGGGACCUUCUUACGGCCGCAUCGGGCUUCUCCCAGGCUUCCAUGGAGGUUCAUGGAAUCGGCCUCAUCGAGAAGCUUUUCGAUAUUGCUUGCACCCUCACUGACGUUAUGGCCGUCUUGCCAUCGGAACAAUCAUGUGGCGUCGCAUUGGGCCCGCGACACUACCUCAACCAACUUAUGACACUCAUCGGAAACCUACGCGGCGGCUCUGAUCGCUACCUACCCGUCCUCCUCGAGAAAAUUGAUGGGACGAUUCCGGCGUGGCAAGGCGGCUACCCACUUUCCGCUAUUCCAGAAAGUGUACGAUCUCUUGCCGCAGAAGACUCCUACGAUAGCAACAGCAGUCAUGGCUUUAAUAGCGCGCCUCAAAGC